AUGGACAACGAUAAGAAACAGAAGUUCGUGCAACAGCUCAUUGACGCCGUCAAGGCUGACGACAUCAACGGGCUGAGAGCACUUUUGGAUUCUGCCGAGGAGCCCAUCUCGAAAUACAACUAUGCAUACGAGGCUCUGAAUACUGCGCUCAGGUUGGGCCGCUACGACAUAGAGGAUGAGCUCAUGAGACGAGGCGCGCGGUGGACCUACGAGUCCAUACAAGAUGUCGUCGACGGCGGCGACGAGUCCAACAGCUGGAACACCAAGGCAGUCGACGUGGCAAUCGCAAACGGAUGGGACGUGCAUACGGAAUAUGAGCAUGUCGGAAAUGCUCUAGUACACGUCGUCUCUAUGAAUCAGUGCCACAUCCCGAUGAUCGCGCAUCUUAUUGCCAAGGGCGCAGACCCGAAUGAAGGGCGCCAGACUUAUUCAAAUCCGCUGGAAAUCGCUUGCGAGAUCCCGGAUCUCCAAGUAGCCAAGUUCCUGAUCGAACAUGGCGCAACAGUGAAGGGAACAAGCGCCCUCCGAGAAGCUUCAAUCACAGGUGAUGUUGAGCUAGUGCGGCUGUUGCUGGACAAGGGAGCAGACAUCAACGAGAUUCCUCCGGAGAAUGGCAGGCCGUCACAUUGGGUAACCGAUGAGCGUUGGGGCACUCCGCUCCAUGCCGCAGUGUACUAUGAUCGCGUUGAAUGUGUCAAGUUUCUUCUUGAAAACGGUGCCGCGCAGGAUAUAAGAAAUCCCAGCGGGGUAACGCCUUUGGAGCUUGCAAAGAAAAGAGGAAACGAUGAGAUUCUAAGAUUGUUCAAGUAG